AUUUCCAACCAAUCAAAACUCUUCUCUGUAUUUCUCUUGAUGACUGCUCUUUCAUAUCCACUCUUUACAUGUGCUAUCCCUCCUAUCACCUCAGUUUCCAAUCCCAUUAUUUCUCUCCCUCUAUUCAUGCACUAAAGCCUGCCAUUUCAACCCUUCAUCUUCCCCAGUUCUUUCACUUUCACUCCAAAUGGCCACCAAUUCCCUCCACUCUCUCCUUCUCAACCGCCACCACAACCACCUUAACCACCACCUUCCCGACUCCCCCACCAGCUCCACCGCCUCCAUCUUCCUCAAACCCUCUUCCACCACCACCUCCCUCUCCUCCUCCACUACCUUACCAACCACCUCAAGUUUUUCCCUUUCCCCCCCAACUUCCUCUUCCUACACGUCUCCCACCUCCUCCUCUCAACCCAUUUCCUUCGGCCUCCUCGAGCUCGAGCAACUUCUCUCCGCCCAAAACUUCCGCCAAGCCGACGAGGAAACCCGCCGCCUCCUCAUCGUCCUGGCCGGAGAAUCCGCCCAGAAAAGAGGCUACGUCUUCUUCUCAGAAGUCCAGUUCAUUUCACCGGCAGACCUCAAAGCCAUUGACGACCUCUGGCGACAAUACAGCUACAACAAGUUCGGCUACUCCGUUCAGAAAAAGAUAUGGCAAAAGGUAAACAAAGACUUCACGAGAUUCUUCCUAAAAGUUGGGUGGAUGAAGAAGCUCGACACAGAAGUUGAGCAAUACAAUUACAGGGCGUUUCCGAACGAGUUCACGUGGGAACUGACGAAGGAGACGCCUGAAGGGCAUUUGCCACUAACGAAUGCGUUGAGAGGGACCCAGUUGCUGAACAGUAUUCUGAGCCAUCCAGCGUUUGAAGGAGUUGAAGAAGAAGAAGUAAAUAAUGGCAAUUCUGAUGGGGAGAAAAUUAGUGAAAAUAAAAACGGGACGGUCAAAGAUGGGUCAAAGGUUAUUGGGCAGGCUGUUUUUAAACCAGAUUAUAGCUUUUGAGACUCAGAGAUGAUGGGAAUCUGGUUGUGAAUGUUAGAAUUAAUAAUAUUUCUUCAAUACAAAGACAGAAAAUAGAGGAAUUGAGUGCUUUUUUUUAUUUUUUAAAUAAUUGGAAUUUGAAAAUGGAGAUUGUGGACUUUGUGAUAUUGUCUAUAAAUUCAUUGACUGCAUA